GUAUUCUAACCUAACCUAAUUUAGCUACCGACCCGGUUGCAAAGUGAGAAAAGUUAAUAGAAUGCGGUGAUACGUACACAUAUGUUUGAAAAUACAAUCUCUGUACCGAAAAAUGUACACUGUGCGACUAAAGAUUGUAUAACGACGCUAAUUAUAUAUUUUCUGUUUAAUUGAAAUUUCAAAGUCCUCGAUAAUUCUCCGUAGUUUCUGACAUGUUCAAGAAAAGUUAACCUUCAAAAUUAUGGACAGAAAAAAUAUUUCGUCGAUUUUGUAUAUACAUAAAAUGUUUAAUUGAAGGGAAUGAACGAGAUACUUAAAGGACCAGCGAACAGGUUGUCAUAAAUGAACGCAAAUUACAUCUGAAAAUUGAUGUACACAAUGGGGGAGAUAAAUGUGUCUUUUCAAAUUGACACCGACAAUCGCGAGAAUUUCUCGUCUGCCAUUGCGUUUCAUACCUUUAAAAAGCAGCGAGAUGCUUUUUACGAUAUCUUACGAAUUUGGGAUGAAAUGCAUUUGAUGCCAGGAUGGGUGUUCCAAAUCGCGCUGGGUGGCAAGAUAAGAAGCAUGUUGACGUUGCACAAUGAUUGCACUAAUUAUUAUCACAUUGCUAGGUUAUUCAAGUCACAAUUGUUAAUAUCAUGCAUACAAAAUGGACAUCAGGAUGAUGUAGUGGAUGAUGAGAGCUUGAAUUUCUUAAAAGCUUUAAAGCAUGUUAAUCCUGAAAAAUUGACUCAACUCAGCAAGAGAUUUGUGACUCCCUUACCAUCACAGACUCAGAGUGUUGGUCCUUCGUUUCCUGGCAGGCAGGAAUUUUUCAAAGAUUUUAUAUUGCACGCAUUUAAUCCAAUAUUUUAUUCACAUUUGGAGAACUGUUUUGUACAUGAGAUAAUGGAAUUGAACGAUACACAGUUUGCUAACAGUGAAAUAGAGGACUCAGAAACAAUGGUUGACGAUCAAACUCAACAGAAUUUUAUUACUUGUUUAGCCAGCUUGAGGCUUCUUGCAAAAGUAUUAGGACUUUUAGUAGCAUUACCAUACAGAUCUGAAUGUAAUGCUACUAAAGAAAUUAUUAUGACACAUGUUGAGAUAAGGAGCAAGGUAAUACCAUCGUUAAAUUUACAAGCCUGUCUUCAGAACGCCAUAGUCGAUGGCAAACUGUCGCUGACGAUACCUUGGAUAGUAAAAUAUCUAGCAAUGAUGGACAUUGUGUCGCUUCGACUGCCAUAUUACAAGCAGAUCUUGGAACUAUUAUAUUAUAUUUAUCAUGCUAUUAAUCAGACCAAUCUUUCCGCCCCUGAUUGUCUUAUUUCUCAACAAUCGGCUUUACUUCUCAAAUCCAGCCUAUGUUGGUUAUUCGAGUUACCAAACUUUCCUAGAGAUUUUUAUGUGGUCUGGCAAAAGAAUUGCAAGAUCAAGGAACUAAAGAGUCUCAAACAGAUGGAAAAAUUCUUUGAAAAGAAAAAGAAUUCGCACUCUGCUGACUGUGCGAUUCCCGUCAAAAGUAGUCUCGAUAAAUUGGAUAUAAUUACCGAUCGAAUAAUGCGUAUGUGUUGUCCGCGAAUGGAAUCGACUAUCUCUGUGUUUCACGGAAACGGAACAAAUCUGAAUAUCAAUUCCAACAAACAUAUUACACCUGUUACCAGCCAGUUACGUAAAUUAGGAAGCACGACUCGUGCAAAACAUUUAGAGUUGCAACUGGAAGAAGCCUUUUUUCACGGUCAACCGGCUUCUACUCGAAAGACUGUUGAUUUUGUUUCCGAAAGAGUUGCGUCAACUUGCGUGAAGCACAUAUGCAAUACUUUAUUGGCUUCAUCGCGAGAAGCAAAUUUAAAUUCUUUCAGAAAGAUUCUGAAACACAAGCAUGUUGAAAAAGAUUCCGAUGAGCAGGGUGAAUUGUCGAGGAAUUACUUUAACGAAUUUAAGGCUUCACUCUUAAGCGACAUGAAUACAUUGGCUAAUAAUGCGUCGAAAGAGUUAAAGGAUCAGUGUGAGAAAACAAUUCCGGCGAUUUGCGAGACGCGAAUCGAGGGAUCGAUAGAAUCUUUAUUGGCAGAAGACUCUUUAAUAUCAGUCAAGGAAAUGUGUAUCAAGAUCGCGACUAGAAUGUCGAUGGAACGAAUAAAUCAAUGGAUUCAAUCACAUAUCGCCGGUGAUUCCUUGUUUAUGAAAGAUAUGGAACUUGAAAUUAAUAGGUUUUUUCGAAAUAGUAGUCCUGUGCAUUCCAAACAAGAAAAACAACACAAUAUGGAUGCUCCUAGUCCUACUCUCAUGAUGGAUGAGCUUCGGGGAUACAUGUGGUACAUAUUGGAUAAUAAUGGUGUAGGUUUAACUCUGUCGUCUAUAUUGGAUAUUUUAGACAAAUUGUAUCAAUCAUUUAAUCAAAGAAGUGAUUUAUUACCAGGACCACAGAAAGUUUUGUAUUACCUCAGUAUGGAUUUUGCGCUGUUUUUAGUGGCGUAUAGAACAGAUCUCUUUACGCGAGAGGUUCAGGACAAAUUGAUUAAAAUAUGGUCAUUGGAUAGUUUAAAAAAUGACGAAGACGAUACGCCCAUGCAUAGAAUUUUGUGUUCUAGAAAUAUCAUGUUGCUGAUGCAGCCGCAAAACGACGCAAUGUGGCCGACUUUUGGCAAAUUUUUAAAGAGACUAUUAGAAACAAAAAUACUCGACGGUGACAAUCUGAGCGAUCAGUGUAUAGCUUUAUUCAGACAAGACUGGCCUGUGCCUUUGUUAAAACUUUUAUCGAAGUGCCUGUCUGAGGCCAUUGAGGGUUACGAAGCCAAUGACGAAGCGACAGAGAAAGUCAAAUACCUUCUUGGCUGGAUAGCGGAAACAUAUCAUGAGAUUGAAUUUUGUGAGGGUGAUGGUUUAUAGACUGACGUGUAAUAAGUUAACGAUCCUGCGAUAAAUAGAAAGUAUGAUUUCGUUGAGAUAAAUUUUGUAAAUAUAAUUACUAUCUUUUCUGUAUAUAUAAAUGUAUAUUGCUGUAUAUUACGACAAAGCGUACUUGUUUUAUAAAUGUACAUGCGGCGAAGAUGCAUGCGAUGAUUCGUUUUGGGGAUGUAUAGGAACGAGUAUUUUAUGAGUAGGAAAAUAAAUUAUAACUUUUUCUAUGUAAGAUUGAUUAAA